AGUAAGCUGAAGUCUGUGAAGAAGCUGCCUGGGAGCUCUUUGCCCUGUACUACUUGUUAUAACUCGUGAUGACAUGCCAAGCUAAUUCAUAAGAUGAUUGACUCAUGAGGUGGAACUUUUUUUCCUCCAGCUGUUUCAUUCAGUCACUUGGCACAGAAUGACAUCUCUGCCAUGAGCAUUUGGGGCAUGGGCUGAGGCAGCGGCAGUCCAAUAGGCUGAUGCUAGGUUGCAAAAGCUUGGGGUUGCCGCAGCAACUUGCAAAUUGGCCCACAGAAGUGAAAGUGGCAGCAGCAGCUACCAGGGAACUUGGGAGAGCAAAGGCAUAACCGGAGACAUGAGGCGAGACUUGCAGCGCCGGAGGAUGAUAAUCCUGAUCCUGCUCUUUAUUGCAGCCUUCCUAUUGUACAGAUUAUCUCUCCCAUCACCUCAGAAACCUUCUGUGAUGCUGCCUCGAAAGAGUGGCUUGUUGGCUGAGGAUUCUCACUUUCUGUUAAAUGGUAUACCCUAUAGAAUUCUGGGUGGCUCCAUGCACUAUUUUAGAGUACCAGUGCCAUUUUGGAGGGACCGUAUGAGGAAAAUGAAGGCCUGUGGAAUUAAUACCCUCACUACAUAUGUGCCCUGGAAUUUGCAUGAGCCAAGAAAAGGGAAAUUUGACUUCUCUAAGGAUCUUGACAUAAGCGAGUUUUUAUCUAUAGCAGGUGAAAUGGGAUUAUGGGUAAUAUUGCGCCCUGGUCCAUACAUAUGUGCAGAAUGGGACCUUGGAGGUUUACCGAGCUGGCUACUCCGUGAUAAAGAUAUGAAGCUGCGCACAACCUACAAAGGUUUCACUGAGGCAACAGAGGCCUAUUUUGAUGAACUCAUACCAAGGGUAGCCAAGUAUCAGUAUUCAAAUGGUGGACCAAUCAUUGCAGUUCAGGUAGAAAAUGAGUAUGGCUCAUAUGCUAAGGACACAAACUACAUGGAGUUUAUAAAGAAUGCCCUUGUUGAAAGAGAUAUUGUGGAACUCCUACUUACAUCUGAUAACAAAGAUGGAAUAAACUCUGGACAUCUGGAAGGAGUACUGGCCACGGUUAAUUUCCAGAAGUUUGAACCAGCACUCUUCUCAUAUCUCAGCUCUAUCCAGAGUAAGAAACCUGUUAUGGUGAUGGAAUUUUGGACAGGCUGGUUUGACUACUGGGGAGGGAAACACCAUAUUUUUGAUGUUGAUGAGAUGAUGUCCACUGUAUCAGAAGUGCUUAAUCGUGGAGCCUCCAUUAAUUUGUAUAUGUUCCAUGGUGGUACUAACUUUGGAUUCAUGAAUGGAGCUCUGCACUUUCAUGAAUAUCUCCCAGAUAUUACCAGCUAUGAUUAUGAUGCCCCACUUACAGAGGCUGGUGAUUAUACGUCAAAAUAUUUUAAGCUGCGAGAACUUUUUGGUGUUUACAAUGCGGAGAAACCUCUUCCGCCAGUGCCAAGCCUUACCUUAAAGGCUUCCUAUGGUGCUGUAGAUCUGAAACGCUGUUUGCCAUUGUGGGAGGUUUUGCACCUUGCGGGAGAGCCAUUUAAAUCAGCAGAACCAAUAAAUAUGGAAAACCUACCAGUGAACGAUGGAAAUGGACAGUCAUAUGGGUAUACCUUGUAUGAGACCACUAUUUAUGGAGGAGGAAAAUUCCACACCAAGGGAAAUGUUCGUGACAGAGCACAGGUGUUUGCAAACAGCCAGUCUGUUGGUACAGUAGAUUAUAAAAAGGAAGAAGUUCAUAUUCCGGAGGUUCCUGCUUUCAGAAAACUAGCAAUAUUGGUAGAGAACUGUGGAAGAGUGAAUUAUGGACCCAAGAUAGAUAAUCAACGCAAAGGUCUUGUUGGAGAUGUGUAUCUGAGAGGCAAACCUUUAAGGAAUUUUAAGACAUACAGUUUGGAGAUGAAUUCAACUUUCAUGAGCAGUAUUAACGAAGUCCACUGGUCCGACCUAUCAGAAUGUAAAACUGGGCCAACAUUCUACCAAGGGGCAUUAAAUGUUGAAGGUUCACCAACGGAUACCUUUCUUAGGAUGAAGAGCUGGAAAAAAGGAGUUGUGUUUGUAAACGGCAAAAACUUGGGACGUUACUGGGAUAUUGGACCUCAAGAGACUCUUUUUAUCCCUGGACCAUGGUUAUGGCCAGGGGUCAAUGAAAUUACAAUAUUUGAGGAGUAUGAGGCUGGGCAGACAUUGUUCACUGUGGAUACACCAAUACUUGGAAAAACACAAUAUGUGGAAUAACUGCCAUCAACUUCCAGUAUUGAGGCUUCCUAUUCAGAAUGCCAGAGAUUACUUUUUAUCAUGGAUCAUGGAAGCUGACACUCAAGACAAAAACAAGCAUAUGGCAAUUAAGACCUAAUUUUCGUUUGGGUUUUUCUGAACAAGAGGGGACCAUUACUAAAUUAUGGCAAUAUAGACUUGAUUUUUACUUCAAUCAGUUUAUAAAUACAUUUAAGGGAUAUUUCACCACCCAAAUCGGGAUUUCACAGCAAGCAAAGUUACCUGCAGCCUAUAUGGCUGAACUAUGGCAAACAGUACACAAUGAAAUAAUCAAGUGAAAUGUGCUCUGAGUGUUGUUCACUAAUCUCCAUCGCUGCACACUUUUCUGGAAUUAAUAUUGGACAUGCUUCUGGAUUGGCUGCUGUUGGGUUAAGGAGUCAAGUUUAUGCAGUGUGGCCAUAUUUUAUCUUUUCCAAGUUAUCAAUUUCCCUACAUCAGCCCUACAGUUUUAUUUAAAAAAAAAAAAACUUGGUUGGCUGCUUAAAACUGUAUUUCCAAGGACUGUCUACUGUGUGCUUGACACCAAAGUAAUUUUAAAAAAAACCAAGCGCUGUUCUGGGCUAUGCCCUUGUCCAUAGUAACAGUGUAUUUACUCAGGGAUAAGUAAAGACACUUCUUGUCUGUACAUAUAUCACCUUUAAUUUAUUAUUUGUAAAAACAGAGCUACUUGGAUGUAUUUAAUUUUAAUUGUAUAGAUGAAUGCUGUCGUUUCAUCUGUCUGCCAUGUGUGAACAAUUACAUUUUUACAAUUUUUGCUUUCCCAGUACCAACCCAUCUCUGUUUAUUCAGGUCCACGUGGAAGAUCUUAUGCAAAGUUAUUUAAAACAGAAUAAUGCUUUUUCUUCCCCAAUCAUGCAGACUAUUUCAAAUAUACUCUAUGUAAUUCUAUUUGCAAAUAUUAAUAGUAUAAUGCCUUUAGUCAUCAGCCCAUCAAGCCUGCUAUCUUACAGUUAUCUUUCAUUCUGCAUCUACUUUCACUCCUCAUAAUCAGUCCCUAUUGAAAUCAAGUGCUUUUAGAUACCAAAUACAAUUGUGACUCACAAAAUAUGGAACAAAAGUUAACUUUAUAACAUCGUACUUUGAUAACUGUAACUUUUUGCCUUUCAGACCAUCAAAUGUAUGAUGAACGCUGCUGUCUAAAUAAUCAUGCACUGCAAAUGACACCCCUUUUUGCCAUUCCCUGCGUAGGCUUCUGCUACAGAUAAAAUACUGUAUAUCAUUCGUCAAAACGAACCACCUACCAUUUAGUAUGUUAUAGAUUGGCCUAUUCUAAAUAACUUUUCAACAGGUCUUGAUGUUUAUUAUAGUUUUUAAACUAUUAAACCUUACUCUUCUGCCUCUUACCAGCUUGAAUUUUAAAAAGCUUUUUGGGGUAACUGACUCGGCAAUCAAAAACCUACCAUGGCACUUUUAAUCUCACUGUUAUUAUUAAUGUCCCCAUACACAGGCAGAUAAGCUGCCAACAGAUUAAGUCAGCAGUUUAUUAGGCAGUGUAUGGGGCCCUCUGACCGGCCUCACAGAUUGAAUGUUGAUUAGGCAGGUUUAAAAGUCCUGUUGGAUCGAGGACAGCAUUGGUUUGUUGACGUGGUCCUUGAUCCGGCCCCCUGUAUUCUCCUCGUUGUGAUCCGAUCGUUGGGCUCUAGGCCAAACGAGUGGAUCUUAGUAUGUAUGGCCAGCUUUAGUCUUUCAUUCAAACUACUGCCUGAUUGGUAGAGUAAACUCUAGCAACCAGAUGAUAUUCUAAACUGGAUAAGUGCUGAAAAAAAGUUAAAUAAUUUAAGGACCACAAAAAAAUAUUGUCUACAUCAUAUUAUUAUAUAAUUUUAAUUUAAACUGUCCCUACAUAUUUUAUUUUCAAAUAUAUAGGGGACCAGAUUCCCUUUGAACAUCUGUUGUCUCCCUUCCUCUGUAGAUGAAGGGCCCUGUCUACCCGUUCCAUUAAAUGUAUUUGUACAUGUCUUACUCUUAUUGUAUAGCCAUAUGUACUAUGUCUGUGCUUUAUAUAUACAGUACUUCAUAAUAAAGUCCUUAAUAUUAAAGUGAUCGCGUAACUUUAAUCAUUGUAUUGGUUAACAAUGGGAACCAAGGGGCUUUCAUGUAUGUGUUAUCCUUUACAUCCAAUUCAAGAUUUAAGAUAAUUGUCAAUAAAACUUUUUUCAUGCA